AUGUCGGCCAUGACUGAUAAGGCCAAACAUCACACGAAGGCUUUAAACACCAGCGCAGAAGAUGAUUCCGGCCAUGAGUUCGGCGUCGGCGACGUCGAGGCCGUCGAGGUUGGAAAACCGUUCCAUUUUUGGAGCACACUAGGAAUCUCUUUCUCCAUUACCUCGGUGCCCCUGUCGAUUGGAACAUAUCUUUCAGUCAAUAUAGGGGUCGGUGGUAGUCCAGUCUAUUUCUUUGGGUACAUCGUUGCCGCUCUCUUCAAUUUGUGUAUCUGUGCGUCUCUAGCAGAGCUGGCUGCUGUUUUCCCACACUCCUCAGGCCAGGUUUAUUGGACGUCACAAUUGGCGCCCAGACAUUAUGCGCGUAGCCUCAGCUACCUUGUGGGAUGGUUGACAGCCGCCGGUUACUUCUUCUGGACAGCAGCCACCUAUCUCAUCACUUCGGAAUUGAUAUUCGCCUUGGUCCAGAUCUGCCAUUCCAAUUUUACUCCACUUGCAUGGCACUACUACAUGUGUUAUGUUGCGAUAGGUCUUUGGACCCUUUUGCCAAACACAGUCUUCUUUAAAUGGUACCCUAUCUUUCUGCAAGGCCUGGUGGCCUAUAUCAACCUCGGCAGCCUGUUUAUCCUCAUCGUCCUACUUGCUCGCUCAAGUCCUAAACAAUCAAAGCAGUACGUAUUCAAGGAUUUCGUCAACCAAACCGGUUGGUCAUCGGAUGCCGUUGUGUUCUUCAUCGGUCUACUACCGGGCCUCACGGCCAUCAACGGGUUCGACAGUGCCGCGCACAUGGCUGAAGAAAUGACCCAGCCUUCCCGACAGGUCCCCCAAGUUAUGUUCAUUAGCGCGAUGGCAAGUGCGAUUUCUGGGUUGCCUAUGAUCUUGGUAUAUAUGUUUUGCAUUACAAACCCGGAAAAUCUUCUGAAUCCUGUCGGUGGUCAACCUAUCAUUCAACUGCUCGUUGACUCUCUCAGAUCUUUUCCUCUUGCUGUUGUCGGAACUUUGGUAUUCAUCAUCUGUUUUGCUUGUGCCAGCGUCACAUUGCUGACGGCUUUCACCCGAAUCUGGUGGUCUCUAGCCCGUCAAGGGGGUGUGCCUUUCUCCAAAGUUAUGGCCAGGGUCAGUGAGCCAUCACAACUUCCACUGAACAGUAUCAUUUUCUCUGUGGUUGCCUGCUCACUAAUCGGUCUCCUCGAGCUGGGUUCUGCAACGGCACUAAAUGCAAUUUUGGGCUCCGCCAUACUUUGCGUCUUCUCAUCCUACGCCAUUCCGGUUGCAUGCUCCCUGCUGGGUAAGCGCUCCGCCUUGAAAGUGCCUCAUUAUUUUAACUUGGGAAACGGGUUUGGUACUGUGUUGAACUGGAUCUCCGUCGUGUGGAUCGUUUUUGUGUUUGUUUGGUUGUGCUUUCCGUUAUAUCUCCCAGUGACCAUGGAUACCAUGAACUGGGCGGUGCUGGUCAUUGCUGUUGUCAUUGCUAUCAGCGGGAUUAACUGGUUGGCUCAUGCGAAAAAUUGUUUCCAAGUUCCGAGGGCUAUUUGA